AUUCCACUUAGUACCUUGAGAAACCAAUACAGAAAUUACAGCCAGAAAAGAUACUCCUUAAAAAUAAGAUGAUGUAAGAUGUUUAGUAAGCUGAAUCCUUGAUACUGUUCAACAUUUUUGGAUUAAGUGUUGUUACAGAUCUUAUAGCAGUCGGUUUAAAGCGUGGAUCUGAUGAGCUUCUUCCUUCUGGUAUCACAUACGGGACUCUUACGAUGAGCAAUCCUACUCCUGCUACUGCUAAUGGGAAUGACAACAAGAAAUUUAAAGGAGACAGAUCUCCCUGCUCCCCUUCUCGAGUUCUUCACCUUCGUAAAAUUCCAAAUGAUGUCACUGAAGCAGAAGUAAUUUCUCUAGGUGUACCUUUUGGCAAAGUAACUAAUCUCUUGAUGUUGAAAGGAAAAAGCCAGGCUUUUCUAGAAAUGGCUUCAGAAGAAGCUGCUGUUACUAUGGUGAACUACUACACUCCUGUUACUCCUCACCUUCGCAGUCAGCCUGUUUAUAUUCAGUAUUCCAAUCAUAGAGAACUUAAGACUGACAAUCUACCCAACCAUGCUAGAACUCAAGCUGCAUUGCAAGCAGUGAAUGCUGUGCAGUCUGGAGGCAUGGCCCUCACAGGUGCUCCAAUUACUGAGAGUGGGCUGCCUCCUGGACAGAGUUCGGUUCUUCGAAUUAUUGUGGAAAAUCUCUUCUAUCCUGUUACUCUAGAAGUGCUAUAUCAGAUCUUCUCCAAGUUUGGAACAGUUCUGAAGAUCAUAACUUUUACAAAGAAUAAUCAAUUUCAGGCCUUGCUUCAAUAUGCUGACCCUUUGAAUGCACAGUAUGCCAAAAUGGCUCUGGAUGGUCAGAAUAUCUAUAAUGCUUGCUGCACUCUUCGUAUUGAUUUCUCCAAGCUAACAAGCCUUAAUGUAAAAUAUAACAAUGAUAAGAGCAGAGACUUCACGCGUCUGGACCUUCCUUCAGGGGAUGGGCAGCCUUCACUUGACCCUACUAUGGCUGCUGCUUUUGGCACUCCAAGUAUCAUCUCCUCACCAUAUGCAGGGGCAGCUGGCUUUGCUCCUGCCAUUGGCUUCCCCCAAGCUGCAGGUUUAUCGAUCUCGGCUGUUCCUAGUGCACUUGGUCCUCUUGCAAUUUCCACCUCUGCAAUGACUGGGCGGAUGGCUUUCUCAGGAGUUACAGGAUUACCUGGAAAUUCUGUGUUACUUGUUAGCAAUCUCAAUCCUGAUGCAAUCACACCAGAUGGGCUUUUUAUCUUGUUUGGUGUUUAUGGUGAUGUCCACCGUGUAAAAAUCAUGUUUAAUAAGAAGGAAAAUGCCUUAGUUCAAAUGGCAGAUGCAACUCAAGCCCAACUAGCCAUGAAUCAUUUAAAUGGACAAAAACUAUAUGGGAAAGCGCUCCGUAUUACACUCUCAAAGCAUCAAACAGUACAGCUCCCUCGUGAGGGUCAAGAGGACCAGGGUCUAACCAAGGACUAUGGCAAUAGCCCUUUGCAUCGCUUUAAGAAACCUGGCUCCAAAAACUUCCAAAAUAUCUUCCCUCCAUCUGCCACUCUUCACCUCUCCAACAUUCCGCCUUCUAUCACAGUUGACGACCUGAAGAAUCUUUUUGCUGGUACUGGGUGUAUGGUGAAAGCCUUCAAAUUCUUUCCAAAAGACCGCAAAAUGGCUCUUAUCCAAUUGGGCACUGUGGAAGAAGCAAUCCAAGCCCUUACUGAGCUUCAUAAUCAUGAUCUUGGAGAAAAUCAUCACCUCAGAGUUUCCUUUUCUAAAUCUACAAUCUGAAUCUGAUGCAUUGAGGACCUUUUGGAGUUCAACGCGUGUGCCCAUAGUUCCAGUAAAAUUUUCAGGCAGAGAUUGUAAUAGGCCAAACCAACGUUGCAUCCUUGAACAAUGAAACUUGUGUGGUUCAUGUGUAAAUUCUAGACAUUGUAACAAAUCAUGGGUUUAUCUUUUGCUGUAAUGGCAAAUAGUCCUCCACAAAAAUUUUCUGUUAAUAAUCUACCUUCUUUAGUAGAACCCAUCUUUUCUUUUUCUUUUUGGUGAUUUCAGGAACAUGGUCAAGCUUUUAUUCCCAGACAAUAUUUGUGUUCCUUGUCAAACAAUGUGAGUGAUGCAAUGUUUUAAAAAUAAUUUUGGCAAAUUAUACAUCAGUUACAUUUAAAAUAGUUUUGGUGGGAAUAGGUGUUUUUUUUUUUUUUUACCAAUUAAUGUUUUAAUCAUUCUCUAUUGAAAAUAUUGGAGGAAAGGCCGUGCCUUAUUUCUCCUUGGAGUAAUAUAAUGAUAUCCAAUUAAUUCUGUAACCCACACAGGUAAAUUGUCCUAAGUUGACAGUUCUAACUAGGCAUUACAUCAGAGUGUGAGAGAUAACUGUUGUUACUAUGGAUGAAGUAUAAUAAGAUAUUGGAGAAAAUGAAAGAAGAAAUAUGUCCUGAUUUCAAGUUUUGUACAUUUCUUUCAGAAAAAUAAUUGUUUACACUCCUAAGGAAAACAAAAUCAGGUCUGUCAUAUGGUUUGACAAAUUUUUAGAAAGGUUAUUUUUUGGUAAGGUCUUGUUUAAACAUAUAAAAUUAAACCUCAAGGGUUUUUUGUACCACUAUAAUCUCUAAUACUUAAAUCAAAAUUACUGUGUAUUUACUUAAUUUCUUAUGUGCCUUAUUAUGUGCUUAUAAUGAUACAAUAGUUUAGAGUUUUAUCUGAAGUAUCUUUAACUGUAUUGUGGCUUUGUGAAAUUUUUUCCCUUUGUCUUAGUUUUUAAACAUUUGGUGAUUUUAAAUAUGUUUUUAAUAAGUAAUAGUUAAAUCAGAUUUUGGUGCUUUGGUAUAGGGAUGGGUAGGUUGGGAAUGAAGAUAAUAACUCAGUGCUCCUGCUUCUAGGCCUCUUCACAAUAUUUUAGGGGUUGCAGUUGAGUGAUGCCCUUGUUGGGCUUUAGAGAAUGUUCUCAGUUUCUGGUUGAUAUCUAACAGUUGAGUUAUUGACUGAGAAUAUUUUGCCUCAGGAUUCUUUUCACCCAACAGUAAUGGGCUUGUGCUCGGUGCAGAUGGGCUUGCAUUCACAAAUGUCAAAACUUCAGGACUGAAUGUUCACUCCUUUUUGGAGAGAAAGAUGCAAUCUUAACUAUUUUUUUGUGAAAUAUAGGUAUACUCAAGUUAUUUCUAUGAUUGUAAUACAAUGUUUUUAGAGGGGUCUCAAGAUGUUACGUCUACUGAAAAAAAAAUGCAUUGUUUUAUAAAAUAUUCCUCUCGUCAGUAAGGAUAGUAAAUCCUUUACAUCAAUUUGAAAAUGGAGACAAAGAUUUAGAAAAAAAAUGGAACGUGAUAAUAUAACGUGUGCUCAUUGUUUUUGGAAUGUUUAGUAGAUCAGGUCGUUCUGUGAAUACCAGCUUUUGCUUGGCAAAAAGAAUUUCACAGCUUUAGAUCAAUUUCUAAACUCCUUUAAAAUGACAAAAUUAUAAGUUACCUUUGAAAUGCAAGUUUCUUACUAACAUUGCUGUAGCAUGAAAGGAUACGCAGUGAGACACUGGCUGCCUUAAAUUUAUAUAGUUGUGCGUGGAAGAUACGGUAGUUUGUUGAUAAUCAGAGUCUGGACACUUGAUUAGCAUGUGUUUGUUUUGUUUUGUCAACAUGUAUGUUUCUUCAUGUAAAGCUACAUUAGUGUCCAGUAAGAUCUGAUCCCAUUUUAGCUAUGACUUGCAGCUGUUUGAAAAUAAUAAGUCUAUUAAAACAAGCCAACUCUAGAGUAGCAACAUAUUUUCUUAGUUUAGCAAAGUGAUUAAAACGAGUGCCUGAUUCUAUUAUGGCACAUGAGCCUUAGUGUUUCCCUUUCAUUCUAUCAAUUUUAGUGGACCAUGGCUCAAAAUAAGUAUAUUCAGGAUGACAGCCCCUUAGGCCAUUAAAUAGCUUCUUGGAUUAGAGAACCAAUAAAUUUGCCUUGUAUUGUAACUUGCUAAAUUACUUUUAGGCUUGGUCACCAUGUGUUUAAUGCUGCUACAGAGGGGGAUGUAGUUGGACUUGAUGAAUGUAACUGAAGCAGGAAAAAAUGAGACUGAGCAUUAACAUGUAUAAUAUCAAGAGUGUUAUGUGUGAGUGUGCGUGCGCGCAUGUGUAUUAUGUGAAAUACCUUAUGUUUUAUGCUGAUAAACAUUGCAAGCAUUUAAUUUAUUGAUUUUACUAAUCUUAAAAACCAAUUUUGUAGAGUUAAGAGAAAUGGUCAAUUUAAGAUUUUAAAAAAUACCAUAGUUCCUAUAAAAUUUCCUACUUCCAGUCUUGAAUUUUUAGACCUACAAUUAUAGUUACAUGCUGGCAAAUGUUUUGGAUUUUAUUUUGGAUAUAUUCUUUUAGUAAGGUCUCAUCAUAAUUACAUUAUAUUCUGUAUAAAUCAAGGUUGUAGUGUAUGUGUUUUUAACAUUUUGAGUUUGAUUUUACUUGGCAAGCUUGUUUUUUCCAUGAGUUGCAAAUAUAAAAAAUGGCAGUACAAACUUUGCGUUUAAAACAGGAAUUCCAUUUAUAGCAAUAGUUAGCUUAAUUUUCUCCUUCCGUGGAAUGUUUUAGAAGGCAACCUCUUGAAUUUGGAUUAAGAUAAAAACAGAUACUACCAUUUUCUUGUCCUUUUAUUCCUUUGCUGCAGAACAUUAGCAACAAAUAAUGUUACUGUAGAAUAGCAAGUGGCUUAAUUAAGGAUAUGGUUAUUGGGUAACAUAAUUUUUUGCAGUUGUUGCCUUAUCAAGCACCCUAGUAUAGGAAAUUAUUUGAUCAUUCUCACCACUUUUUGUUCCUUUAUUUGUAUUCUUUAUUUUCUGUUCAGCUGUAAAGUUCUGUGGAUCUUGCAGUUCCUUUGGAAGUGCAGUUGAAGCAACAAUCUUCCUUGUCAGGCAUUUUUGUGAUCUCUAGUAUUUGGGUUGAGGAAUUGAAGGUAAUUGGUUUUUAAUCAACGUAUAGGGUAUAUUUACCAUAUUUUUCAGGGUAUAAGACGCACCGGAGUAUAAGACACGCCUUAGUUUUGGGGGAGGAAAAUAAGAAAAAAGCUGAUUGGCAGGUAGAUUGGCCUUCCGGAAUACCCCCAAUCAGCUGUUGCCAGAAGUGAAUUUUAGCAACAGGUUCCUUGGUUGUGAGCUUUGUGCCUUGCUUUUUUUUGCUUUUUUUUCUGCCUCUGAAACUGUUUCAGAAAAAAAAAAAUGCCUUUGAAAGCCUCCAAAACAGAACUUCAGAAAAAAAGCCUCUGAAGCUCCAUUUGGGAACUUCCUUUCUGAAGCUCUAUUUGGGGGCUUUUUUUCUGAAACCUCCGUUUGAGAAGCUGUGUGGGCUACAUUCGGAGUAUAUGACGCACCCAGGUUUUCAUCCUCUUUUUGGGGGGGGAAAGGUGCGUCUUAUACUCCAAAAAAUACAGUAUACGUAGCAGCAGUAGCAAAGGUGCUCUUUUAGUAAACUGAUUAGCGCCUUUUAUGAAGAGGGAUUUGCAGUUCCAUAGAUAAACAUUUGUGAUAAAAUGCUUUUUCCAAGUUAGGAAUUGUGGCACAUUCCUCAUCUGAUAGCAAUGCAUCAGAGCUAAAAUGCCUUCAGAAACGACGAGGUUCAAACAUCAGGUCAGUGAAGGGGCUAAUUUGAAAUAUUGUUGGCUCAAGUUUUCAGUCAAGUAAUUAUUCACAGUCCUUAGGAUUUUUAUUACUAGAGGUAAAGCCAUAAUAGUUUAACAAUAAAAUGCAAACUGGCUAUAUUUGACUAUAAACUAGGAAAAAAACAGACUGUUUUUUUUUCCAAAAUUGGCUUGGGAAGGAUAACUGAAGUAUGUAUGCUGGCAGAGCUGCAAUCUCUUACAGUCUCUUCAUACCAUGCAUUCUGUCUUUAAUAAUAAUUGGUAUAUAUACAUGCCCAAAUUUUAAUAUGGUUUAAUUUAAGUAUUACACCACAAUUUUAGUUUCUAUCCAACAUAUUUGCAGGUUUCUGAAUGUCAAAGCAACAUUAAUUUGAAGCCUUGCCCUAACUUGGUUGCCUUUCCCGUUUCUCACCUUUUGUUUGUACUCUUAACUGUUCUUGUAGGCUGUGUGUGCCUAUAUUUUCAAAAGUAGCCUUCAGUUGUCUGUGUAUCACCUCUUCUUCCAGACUGAAAGGCUCCACUUGCAAUGGAUACUUACUCUAAAGUUUAGCAUUUUGUGAGCCUAAUCCAUUGCUGCCUAUUUAAGUAUGUCCGAGGGAGACUAUGGUGGUACUUCUGGGAAUAGCAAAUCUGAGCUGUGCUGUUCCAGUCUUAUCCUGUCACACACACACACAGAGAGAGAGAGAGAGAGAGAGAGAGAGCUAUUUUCAAAGGAGCAGACCUGAGUAGAUAACUGUAUUAAAGUCAUUUUGUUUGCCUUGACACUUUUGUGGACUGGUAACUUUAAUUACAACUGCCAGAUUUGAAUUGUGCUGAAAACUGUUGAAGUUUGCACACAUGAUUUUGAAGCAAACAAACUCCUAAUUGUCUUUGCAAAAAUCUGUAUGUAGUAUAUGAAACUGUUCUUAAUUUUUAAAGCAAAUCUUAAAAAUUAGGAAUUAUUUUUUAAAAAACGAAAGCUUCGUAAAUCUUAAUUUCAGGGUUUUACAAAGAAGAAAACAAAAUGGGACCAAAGUUUAUGUGCCUUCAGUAGAUUUCUGUAUUAUUAUUAUUAUUUUUGCUAAAUCUUUCAGUCUAUAAAAUCAGUACUCUUAUGUUCAAGGAAAUGUGUAUUUAUAUAGACUAAAAUACCAAAUGACCCAUCAACACAUAAUGUCCUUAUGUGCAGUUGAUUGCUUACUGUUUCAGUCAGUUUAUAGCUCUUUUGCUGUCUACCAUUGUAACAUGACUCACGGUGUACCAUACAGGAGUUCAAGACAUCUGGCUUUAAGGUUCUCACAGUAAGUUUUAACCGGGGAAAAAAUAAAUUACUGAGAAGGAUAUAUAUUUCCUCUUUUAUAGUGAGCUCUUGUAGAAAUUCCCAUUCUUGGAUAAUGUGCAUCAUUAGUGAAGAUAGGAGGAAAACACCCAAUCAGUUAUACUUUUAAUUCAUCUCUUUAAAUGUGUUAUUUUUUCUUCCCCAAUUCGUUCUCCAGUUUCUGGACAAACAAGCCUCCCACUUUCUGAAGAUAUGGUUGCUGACCAAACAAAAUGUUGCAUUAUUAGAUUGUCACCUCAUUUGCAAUGACCAAAGAUUGCUUGCUCUGGUUUUACUGAAACAUCUUGCCAGUUCUGUCCUUGAGGUAUUUUUCUUGAGACUCCAUGUAAAGUGGCCUUUUAUGCUAUUGUUGGUAGUGAACAGACUAAUUAAUGAAACAAGAGACAAGAUUUUCUAAAAAUGUGAACCAAAUAAAAUGGUCUAAGGGAAGGGAGUGAGUGGAUAUUUAAUACUGUAUUCAGACAAAUAAAGGCACACAGUUACGGGAGCCAGACAUUCCCUAAUUUUUCAUGUGUUCACAAAUCCCUUUUUAAGUUUGUAAAAAUAUUCAUCUAACACAAGAAAAUGCUGUAAAUAUUUGUAACAACAUUUUUUUACCUGGCAAAAAAAAAAGGUUUUUGGGAACAAGUAUAAAAUGGUUUUUAUAUUAUUAAUAAAAAGAACAUCAAUUGUCUUGUAUAUUUUGAUAAGCAACAGUACCAGCUUUUGUUUGUUAAGCAGCUUGUGGCAUUGGAAGGGAGAAAGGAUUCCGUGUUGUUGAGAUGACCUGAUGUUAUAAAUGCAAAGAAGUUGAAAUAUUAAAGAAACCUAUUUUCUAACUGUGUAGUGCAUGGUUAAUUUGAAUUUCUGUACACUGCCGUUUUAUUCCAUUUCUUUUAAGUUUUGUGUACUUGCUGAUUAUUACUUGAGUAUCUACCUAACUCUUUUUCUAAAACUCUAGUUGUAGCAUGCCUCUUAAUAAAUGUCAUGACAUCUGUACUCUCAAA